AUGAAUACAGGGAGAAAUCAAGUGGAAUUCACCUUCUACAGCAGCAGGCUGCAGUUCCUGGGUGUGCAUGAGUGUGGCUUGGGAGAUGGGAGGCAUGCAGGUGUAACACUUCUAAUUUAUGCAUUCCAGGGAACAGCUGCUACCAAUAAUAUAUCGGCAACACCGACGUUUCUGUUUUUCCGAAACAAAGUGCGAAUCGACCAAUAUCAAGGAGCAGAUGCUGUAGGUUUAGAAGAAAAAAUUAAACAGCACCUGGAGAAUGACCCUGGAAACAGUGAAGAUACAGAUAUCCCCAAAGGAUAUAUGGAUUUAAUGCCAUUUAUCAAUAAAGCCGGCUGUGAAUGUCUUAAUGAGAGUGAUGAGCACGGAUUUGAUAAUUGUUUACGUAAAGACUCUACCUACUUGGAAUCGGACUGUGACGAGCAGCUGCUUAUCACUGUAGCUUUUAGUCAACCCGUCAAGCUUUAUUCUAUGAAACUUCAGGGGCCAGAUAAUGGGCAAGGUCCAAAGUACAUAAAAAUCUUUAUCAACCUCCCUCGGUCUAUGGAUUUUGAAGAAGCAGAAAGAAGUGAACCGACUCAAGCCCUGGAGCUGACACCAGAUGAUAUUAAAGAAGAUGGUAUUGUCCAGCUUCGCUAUGUAAAAUUUCAGAACGUUAACAGUGUAACUUUGUUUGUCCAAUCCAAUCAUGGGGACGAAGAGACAACAAGGAUUACAUACUUCACGUUUAUUGGAACUCCAGUCCAAGCAACAAAUAUGAAUGACUUCAAGCGAGUAGUUGGCAAAAAAGGAGAGAGCCACUAGGACGCGGAAGACACUGGAAGGCCUUACGCAAUCAAAGAGAUCUUCACUCUUAUCUACAACUCCUGGAUAAUUGCUUGACCAUAACCAGAGACUGUCAAUCUGUUUUGUUUAAUGCCAUUACCAAUAAAUCAUUGCUUUUGUUGAGACGGAGUUUCCCUAGUGUGUUUCUGUUGUAAUCCUCGGACAUGUAUUUGUAAAUAAAAUUCAUUACUUUUGCCAAGUUUAAUUUUGUUGUUCUAGUAACUGUGGCUCUUCCUUUGUUCUGUUUAAACGUCACAACUCAGCCGGCUUAUCUUUAGAGACAGAAGACAGAAUGUCGCUCCCGUUUGUUCCGAGAGUUUAAAAUGUCAGAUGGAAGUAAAACAUAGACUGCCAUCUAAAAAUAAAAUCCCAGCGACUCUCUUGUAAGACCGAGGGAGCUUAGGAUCAUUGUUCCCUCAAAUACAGAUACUCCUCACCUAGGAGUAUCUUCGCCUGGUUGGGAAAUUUCCAUUUCCCUCCCCACCUCAGAAAGCCGGGCAGGGAGCACGUUUUAAGUCACCGUUCCAUUAACUUGCAGAUUUGUCACAAACGGCGUGCUGAUGCAAGCUGUUCAGCACCAAGAAUUCUUCAGUCCUUUGAAAACGUUUGGUUUUGUUAAUAUUACUAGAAAAUAUUGACCUCGUUUCCCAGGCAGACUCUAGCAAGCUGUGCACUUAGGAGGAUUUAGAUGUUUGUGUGCCCCACCUGAACAUGAAUUGCUUAUUUCUUUUAUUGGGUGUUUUUCCUCUCUGGAUCGUGAUAAGGAAGUGCUUAUUGCACAUACUAAUUUUACAUCUUAAUUGGAAUUCCUAUAUUACUAUGGUAAAUUUUCUUGGAUGUGUGCCCUGAGUAAUCUUAAUAAAUCGGGCAUUGAUCAGCACCAUAUACAUAUAAUACUGUAUAAAUUCCCAGUAAAACUUGCUAAGUGUUUUAAUUGGCAUAAUUAAUUUCUUUGUAAAGUUAAAUUUGUUACAUUUCUAAUUACCAUAAAUCCCACUAAGGCUUAAAUCCUGUCCUAAUUGGCAUUCCCUCCUUGAACACAGUAGGGUGGUUCUCUUCUGGCUUGGCAGAUUUGUAUGUUAAUACCGAGUUAACUUUCUGUUAGCACAGAUAUUUUCUCCAAACAGAAAACCGGGCAUUGUCUAGGAAAGCAUUCUUUGAGAGGCACUUUUUUUUCCCACGGUUUCACUGCGUGCUCCAGGAGCCUCCUCUACCUGUACCUUCUAGUCAGUGGCACGUGGUGAUGUCUUGGGUUUCUUUCUACUUCCUUCGUGUUUUGCUUCCACGGGGGGUGUAAGGCAUGUAACACUGUAUAUAGAAGAUAAAUCAUUUUUGAAUAUAACUGAGGGCAAUAUGAAUUACUGUUUCUGUUUAUAAUUUUGUACACUAAUUACCUUUUGGGUUAUUGUUUAAGUGCCUCAUCUUAAGUAUUGCUUACCUCAUAAUAUUUAUACCUGAGAGAUUUGAUAACCUAGUGAUUCUCAUCUUUGUAAAAGAUUAGUCAAAUUUAUAUUGUUUAUGAGACUCUUCUGUGAUUUCCUUGGUUGCAUGAUGCAUACCUUCCAGAAUGAUACUAUGUACAUAGACCUAAAUAAAUGUUUAGAGGUAA